GAAACUUUGUGUGAAGCAGGGACGGGGUUGUGACAGACUAACAACGUUGCGAGGUAAUGUACAUCUAACCGACCUCAAUGUUUGUGGGAAAGAGCUUAUCACUCACGUAAAAGGGUUCUUAAUACCUACUGUCACGACGUACGGGUCGUUGCAACUGUCGUAGAUGUCUGUGUCUCCAUGGUAGAAACUCUAUUCUGGAUUCUCUAUAUAACUGGAGCUUCUCCACUCGACCUCACUAUCUCUCUAGUUACCUCCACCGCUUCCCAGUGAAUAAGUAACCCCGGUCAAUCGAUUCUCAGUGUCGUCCCCAACCUCCCCUCACCUCGUCAGUGACCAAACUUGGGGCUAUGGUAUCAUACACCCCACAGACAAAUCUGUGGCUUGAACGAUCUCGUCUUGAUGGAAUGGUGCUAGCGGGUGUAUCUUACGGCAUAUUCUUUCUCCUCACAGUACUAGCCGGGAUCGCUCUCAUGCAGCGGCCUCGAUAUGGGGUUAAAAUUGCGGACCAUCGUUCCGCGCUUCUUUUUUACAUCUUCAUCACUUUCGUAUUGGGGACGGUAUGCUUCGCUGCGAACACAAAAUUUACAGAGAUGAUUUGGAUAGACCUUCGCGAUGCACCUGGUGGCCCAGCAGCUCUGAUCGAAGACGAAAUGAAGUAUCGUAUCAACGUUCUGGCGAUUUGUUGUGGUCAAGUCCAGGAGUGGUUUAUGCAAGCUCUGCUCCUUCACCGAUGUUUUGUGAUAUGGAAUUGGACAAGACGGGUGAUGAUCCCGAUGAUCACACUCUAUAUUGCCAUGAUCGUGGUGUCUAUCUCGAGCCUGAUCCAGGGGAGCACUGGUACCGUAUAUUACCAAAUCAACGUCAUAACUGCCUACCUUUGCAUCCAAGUGGGGAUCACUGUGAUUUAUACCACCCUCGUGGUGCAUCGUUUACUCGCUAUGCGAAAACAGAUGAAGCGGGCCAUGGCCCAAUAUGAUUCUAGUACCUAUGAUACCAUCGUCCUCAUGGUCGUCGAGUCCGCCGGGUUAUAUUCUGUCUUCGCUAUUAUUUUCAUAAUUGCCUUUGCUCUGCAUUUGAACGGUAUCACUACUAUAUGCUACCUGUCUAUUGCCUCAGUGCAGGGCAUCGCCCAGUUAUUUAUCAUCCUUCGCGUCGCACGGGGGCGGGCAGUUACACACGAAUGGCCAAGCCGAGCUACUGCUGUACCUACGGCUAUAUUAUUUGCAGGGACUGUAUCGGACACGGCAGAGAAACCAAACGAGGAACAGAUGGCUGGGCCAGAGCAGGACGUUGUUCAGACGUAUUCUAUUUCCGCGAAGGCAGCGGAAGUGUAGGUGUGUAUAGCAUGGCAUAAUAAACCUGCUGAAGGUCUUUGUGUGAGGCAUGGAUGGGGUUGAGACAGUCUAUCAGUGUUGUGGCCAAGGCCA